CCGUGGCUACGUCACUUCCCGGAAGGGCAACUGUAGCAACACGGAAGCGUUGGAAGAAAAACAAAUAAGCGUUUAAUUUUGAGUCUAUUUGAAGUCAGAGGAGAGCAACUGGGCGCCGUUUGUCUUCUGUGUUUCCCUGCCUUUGACGAAAACUGUGGUCUAUGAUGGAGUUCCUGUUUGGGAAGAGGAAGACCCCGGAGGAGAUGCUAAGGCAGAACCAGAGGGCGCUCAACCGGGCCAUGAGAGAUCUGGACCGAGAGCGAAUGAAGCUGGAGCAGCAGGAGAAGAAGAUCAUCGCUGACAUAAAGAAGAUGGCCAAACAGGGACAAAUGGACGCAGUAAAGAUCAUGGCGAAGGAUUUGGUUCGCACGCGGCGCUACAUCAAGAAGUUCAUCAUGAUGAAAGCCAACAUUCAGGCCGUCAGCCUAAAGAUCCAGACGCUCAAGUCUAACAACAGCAUGGCACAGGCGAUGAAAGGCGUCACCAAGGCCAUGGCCACCAUGAACAGACAGCUGAAGCUCCCUCAGAUACAAAAGAUCAUGAUGGAGUUUGAGAAACAGAGCGAGAUGAUGGACAUGAAGGAGGAGAUGAUGAACGACGCCAUCGAUGACGCCAUGGGGGAUGAGGACGAUGAAGAGGAGAGCGACGCCAUCGUCUCCCAAGUGCUGGAUGAGCUCGGUCUCAACCUGUCCGAUGAGCUGUCAAAUCUUCCCAGCACCGGGGGGAGCCUCUCCGUGGCCGGCGGAAAGAAGGCCGAGCCUCAGGCCGCCUUGGCCGACGCGGAUGCAGACCUGGAGGAGCGUCUGAAUAACCUGCGGAGAGACUAAAUGCGCAAGAACUGUCAGAGAAGCGCACUUUGGCAAGGGUCACCAAUACAAACGCACUCGAAUCUCUGCGUCUAGAUUCUUUUGGAGGCAUAAGUGGCCGACUGUUAACAGCGAGCAGGCUGUUCCAUAAGGUGUAUGGCUUUCUGUUUGAGGUAUUUUCAUUUACUGUGUGUGCUCUGUAUCUUAUCAUUACGAGGGUCAUUAUCCUUCAUAGGUCUAGAAAAUCCUCUUCGAUUCAGUUAAGACGCUGCCAAAUGACACACGUUGUCUGUACAGACUAACUUCUCAAAGCAUGAUGUAUUUACGGUUUAAAUCAACACUAAUUACAGAAUAUUCAAGGAAAACCAAAAAAAAUCUAGAGAUGUUAAAGAAGGCUAAAUUUUAUGACUGACAUUUAGAAAUGUCAGCGCAUUUUGUACAUGAGGUGGGUUUGGUGUUUUUUUUUCUAUCAUCAAUAUUAAAACGUUAUCAGCAUUUUUACUCUCCUUAAAUGUGGAAGGUUCUAGUGGAAAAUAUAGUUUAUUAUGAUGAUGGUUAUUGAAAUUUGACAAAGAAGGCUAUGUUCUGGAAAACACUCCUGGCGAUUCUUUUACUGACGUUUAUGAGAUCAGCAGUGUCCUUAUUGCAAAAUGUUAAGGAGUUUGUGGUGUGGUGAGUUUUUUUUUUUUUUUUUUUUUGAGAAAUCUUAAUUUUGGCUUUAUUCAAUAAACAUUUUUUUUCCAGAAGACUGGCGAAUGGGUCAGUUUUCAUGUGUAAAACAUGUCAUUAUUUGAUAUAUUUGGGACACUCUCAGUGUCUAAGAGCAGAUUGGGGAAUUACAUGAUUUGCACUUUAACAUGAAGGGUUCUUGUAAAUAGGUGAGAGAGGCUUUUUCAUGGUAUAAUUGUGUACUAAUCCUUUGUUUAGUUCAGUAAAGUAGCUGUCAAAACGUAAUUCCAAGAUUAUCUCUGUCAUGCCACUCAAACUAUAGAACACUGUCUGCAGUUUGUCUUUUUCAUGUUGCAUUUUGACCUAAUGGGUAACUUCAAGUUACAAUUUGCAGUCAAACCCUCUUUACUUCAUUUAGCUCGGACACUCAGAAUCAAACAAGUCAAUGAUUAAGCUGUUAAAAUUCUUAUUGAUUUACUUAAUAAGGUUAUUUGUGGGCAACAGAAGUUUAACAUGGACAAGACCUAAAACGGUCUGGCUGUUGACUCCGUCCUUGACCGUUCUUGAGGCAUAAACUGCGGGUUCCUAGUUGUUUAGUAGAUUCCAAUUGUUUCAUAACCCUGGGAUAAAUAACGUUUCCAACAUCUACCAGUUUACAAAGAUGGAGAGGGGGCAAAAAAAAUGGAAGAACAUGUGGGAAGGAAGGCAAAGCAAAGGAAGGGUGAAAGGAAAGAAGGCCAGAUAUGAUGGAAGAAGUGAGGAAGACAGAACUCUACGUAUAUGACAAAGUAAAAUAUAAAGAAAAUACAAUGAAGGUAAGACCAAAAGGAAUAAACAUUUGACAACAGGAUAAGGAAUAGUCUGGAAAUACAAAUAUAUCCUCCCCCCCCCCAGGACCUGGCAAAUGCCAAAGUUAAAUUUCAAAAUUUUUUAUGGUGCGUAGGAAGCAGUUUUGUGUAAGAACAAAACUGGAAAUCUGAGUCUAAAAAAGUCAGAAAUGAACACAUAAAGAUUAUGGAGGAACCAUGGAGAUAUCCAACUUAAAAUGAGUUACAUUGUUUCUUGUUGAUACACUCAUCACACCCCUUUGUUUAAUUUACUGCCUGAAUAAUUCACAACUCAGUUAAAUAAAUGCCUUAGACAACAAAAGCAUUGAUGAAUAUUAAUUUAGGAAAUGGACCAAAAAAAAGAAGGAAAAAAAAAAAGCAAAGUCAAAAGC